AUGGAGCUCAGAAACAAAACAGGUAUUUCAGGAUUUCUUCUCAUGGAAGUGACAGAUGAUCCAAAACUGCAGACCCUUGUCUUCAGCCUGUUCCUGUCCAUGUACCUGGUCACCGUGCUGGGAAACCUGCUCAUCAUUCUGGCUAUCAACUAUGACCCCCACCUCCACACUCCCAUGUACUUCUUCCUCUCCAACCUGUCCUUUACUGACAUCUGUUUAAGCACAACCACCAUCCCAAAAAUGCUGAUGAACAUCCACACACAGAAUCAGAGCAUCACGUACGCAGGCUGCCUUACGCAGGUCUGCUUUGUCCUGGUGUUUGCAAGUCUGGAUAGUUGUAUUCUUUCAGCAAUGGCCUACGAUCGCUAUGUGGCCAUUUGUCACCCACUGAAGUACACUGUCAUCGUGAACUCUCAUCUCUGUUGCUUGUUGAUUCUUCUUUCUCUGUUUACUAGCAUCGUGGAUGCCCUGCUCCACAGUCUGAUGCUCUUGCAUCUGUCCUUCUGUACAGAUCUUGAAAUCUCCCUCUUCUUCUGUGAAGUUGUUCAGGUCAUCAAGCUUGCAUGCUCUGAUACCCUCAUCAACAAUAUACUGAUAUAUUUUGCAUCUAGCAUAUUAGGUGGUAUUCCUGUGUGUGGAAUCAUUUUCUCUUAUAUUCAGAUAGUGUCCUCUGUGUUGAGAAUGCCAUCAGCAAGUGGAAAGUAUAAAGCUUUUUCCACCUGUGUGUCUCACCUCUCAAUUGUGUCCUUAUUUUAUGGGACAGCUUUUGGUGUGUACAUUAGCUCUGCUUUUACUAAUUCUCCCAGAAACACUGCAGUGCUUUCAAUGAUGUACACUGUGGUCCCUCAAAUGAUGAACCCCUUCAUCUAUAGCCUGAGAAACAGGGAUGUGAAAAGUGCCUUGAAGAAACUUGUCAGUAUCUAG